CUAUAAAUCAGGAUGAUUUAGGAACCGCCUUCCUAGGCGCACUCCGCUGAUGCAGUCGGGACAAGAACAGCACCGAGCUUACUGUGAGAAAAAGAUCCCAGGAAGAUGUCUUCUUAUACAGUGGGUCCACAGUCUUCUUACGGGAAGAUGUUCGGUGGAGAGAGAGUCCCGGACAGGACCAGCUACUCCAGCCGCCAGUUCUCCAGCCCGGUGCGCUCCCCACGGGUCUCCAACGGGUUCUCCUCCUCCUUCUACGCGACGAAUAACCAGAGUCACUGGAGCACCGCGGCCAUGCUGGACUUCCCCAAGUCCGACGCCAUCAACAGCGAGUUCAUGACGAACCGCACCAACGAGAAGGUGCAGAUGCAGUCGCUCAACGACCGCUUCGCCAACUACAUCGACAAGGUCCGCUUCCUGGAGCAGCAGAACAAGAUCCUGCAGGCGGAGCUGGAGCAGCUGCGGGGCAAAGGCACGUCCCGGGUCGGGGAUCUGUACAAGGACGAGAUGCGGGAGCUGAGGCGCCAGGUGGACCAGCUGACCAACGAGAAGGCCCGGGUGGAAGUUUCCCGGGAUAACCUGGUAGAAGACAUCGACAGGCUGAGAGAGAAGUUGCAGGAGGAGAUCUCCCAGCGAGAGGAGGCUGAGGGCACCAUGCAGAAUUUCAGAUUGGAUGUGGACAAUGCUGUCUUCAUCAGAGUGGACCUGGAACGGAAGGUUGAGUCCUUCGACGCCGAAAUCAUCUUCCUCAAGAAGCUGCACGAUGAGGAAAUGCUGGAGCUGCAGAACCAGAUCCAGCAGCAGCAGCAUGUGCAUGGGGACGUGGUGGAUAUGGCUAAACUUGACCUGACAGCUGCUCUGAGAGACAUCCGUAAGCAGUAUGAGAUGAUGGCCUCCGCAAACCUCCACGACUCUGAGAAAUGGUACAAAUCCAAGUUUGCUGACCUCACCAAAGCUGCAGCCAGGCAUGAUGAUGCAUUGAGAGUGGCCAAGCAAGAGGCCAUUGACUACAGACGCCAAAUUCAGUCCCUUACUUGUGAGGUGGAUGCCCUUAAAGGAACUAAUGAGUCCAUGGUGCGUCAGAUGAGGGUGGUGGAGGUGAACUUCUCUGUGGAGACGGGCGGUUACCAGGAAAGCAUCGGCCGCCUGGAGAAGGACAUUUUCAACAUGAAGGACGAGAUGGCUCGUCACCUCCUGGAGUACCAGAACCUCCUGAAUGUCAAGAUGGCCCUGGACAUUGAGAUUGCCACCUACAGGAAGCUGCUGGAUGGAGAGGAGAACAGAAUCACCACCCCACUGCCAAACUUCUCAUCUCCGAACCCGAGAGAAUGUGUUUCCAAAUGGAACUAUCUAAUCAAGACCACUGAGACCAUUGAGACCGAGGACGAUCAGGUGAGCAACGGGUCAACCCAGAACCACGAUGACUUGGAGUAAUGAUAUCUUUGUCUUUGCCAAACAAUCAACAAAAGCAAUAUGAAGAAACAUACUUCACCAGGGCUACAAGCAAGCAAACAAACGAACAACACAAAAAGCAAACAGCUUCACAAAGUGCCUUUCUAUGUGAUGAUCCAGAAAGCCUGUUAGUUGACACAGACUGUAUUUUGCUUCCUCCUCUGCUGAAAGUAUUAUCUUUUGUUACAAUCGUUUAGACACAGUAAUGAAAUCACCACAACAUAGAAAUCCUUAUUGAGGUCUGCAAAAAUCUUUAUUUGUAACAAAAAUAGUGUUUUUGAUCAAUACAGCAUGCACACUCCAGGAAAUCUGUCUGCUAAAGAUGUCACAAUUGCCUGUUCGCAGCAAUAAACCAGUAAGACCGAAACUCAAUACUGUGCAUUAGGUGUAAUACUUUGCUGGUAUUUUCUGGUAUUGCUGGUAAUACUUUUAUGGUAAUAAAGUAGAAGUAGUAAAACAAUGCCUCAUAUGAAUACAUAUUGGAAAUGGUCAUUAUUUUAGAAAAUAACAUCCACAUGUUUAUGCAGUCUAAGACUUUCUUAUUUAGGAGCUUCAGCAGUCCCUAAAAACAUUUACCUACACAAGAAGGACAAAGUAUUAAAAAAGGUCUGUUGUAUUUGACAAUAGGUUGUACAUGUGUAUCUAAUAGACUAGUGUGCAGUGUCACACUUUUGGAGUUUAUAUUUGAAUAAUGAUAGCUUAGACUUGGUGGAUCUAUAAGCAUCCCAGGUACAGCAGCCUUGUACAGUCUUCCUGAAAAGGAGUCAAGUCAUACAGAGUAGACAGAAGUAACAGUAGAAUAAUUACAAUAUUCAGUAAAAUUAGUGCUAUUAUAUAUUAUGGAUUAAUUACAGCUGCUAAAUGGAACUUUGAAAUGCGAUUGUUUUGUCAACUGCUGUUUCCAAUGUUCAGGGUGAACUUUGAAACUCAACGUUAAAGCCAACAUGUGUUCAUGUAGAUCAUGUGACAUGAUUGAAAGCUCCAGAAUGCUUCUAAAUCGAACUUACGGUAAGAUUGUUUGUCAACAAUAUGUUAAGUAACUAUUAACUGUAACAAGCUUCAACAGUGAUCUGCCACAUGUUUAUUUGUUCAAAAUACUAUAAUGUGGUAUAAAGGUUGAGUUGCAUCGUAA